CAAAACCCUAAUUCUCCAACGUGCCGUCCUCCCUCUUAAAACCCCGACGAAGAGUCCCUCCGCGCUCGCAGCUGCUCCUCUCUCGCCUCCAAUAACGCUCGAGGCGAGGAAACCCUGCGGGUUUUGAUCCGUGGCAGCAUUGGAGGAACCCUGGUCGGAUCUAUCGGGCCAUGGCGCUCUUCCUCCUCUUCGAGUCGGCCUCCGGUUACUCGCUGUUCCACGCCUACGGCCUCGACGAGAUCGGUCAGAACACGGAGGCCGUCCGCAACUCCGUCCUCGAUCUCACCCGCUUCGGUAAGGUCGUCAAGCUCGUCGCUUUCCACCCCUUCUCCUCCGCCCUCGACGCCCUCAACCAAUGCAACGCUGUCUCUGAAGGGCUUAUGACCGACGAGCUUAGGAACUUCUUGGAGAUGAAUCUUCCCAAGGUAAAAGAAGGGAAGAAGGCGAAGUUCAGCCUCGGCGUUGCGGAGCCGAAGGUUGGGUCUCAGAUAUUUGAGGUGACCAAGAUUCCCUGCCAGAGCAACGAGUUUGUUCUCGAGCUCCUUCGUGGUGUGCGGUUGCACUUCGAUCGGUUUAUUAAGGACUUAAAGCCAUCGGACUUGGAGAAGGCUCAACUCGGGUUGGGCCAUAGUUAUAGCAGAGCCAAGGUGAAGUUCAAUGUUAAUCGGGUGGAUAACAUGGUCAUUCAGGCUAUUUUUCUCCUUGAUACGUUGGACAAGGAUAUUAACUCCUUCUCAAUGAGAGUCAGAGAAUGGUACUCAUGGCAUUUCCCAGAGCUCAUGAAGAUCAUUAAUGACAAUUACCUGUAUGCCAAAAUUGCAAAGUCUGUGGAGAACAAAUCAGACCUGACCGAGGAUCAUAUUCCAGAAUUAGCUGACAUUGUUGGUGAUGAGGACAAAGCAAAAGAAAUUGUAGAAGCAGCUAAAGCAUCCAUGGGGCAGGAUCUGUCUCCGAUUGAUUUGAUUAAUGUCCAGCAAUUUGCUCAGAGAGUUAUCAAUCUUUCUGAAUACCGGAAAAACCUGUACGAGUAUCUUGUUACAAAAAUGAAUGACAUUGCACCAAAUCUGGCUUCUCUUAUUGGUGAAAUUGUUGGGGCCCGUUUAAUAUCUCAUGCAGGAAGUCUUUCCAAUCUAGCCAAGUGUCCUUCAUCUACUCUCCAAAUCCUUGGUGCAGAGAAAGCACUUUUCAGAGCCCUUAAAACUCGAGGAAACACUCCAAAGUAUGGUCUUAUCUUCCAUUCUUCUUUUAUUGGCCGAGCAUCUACAAAGAACAAAGGUCGUAUAGCUCGCUAUCUUGCAAACAAAUGCUCAAUUGCAUCCCGCAUUGAUUGCUUCUCCGAGGUGAAUACCUCUAUUUUUGGACAGAAGCUCCGAGAGCAGGUUGAGGAGAGACUGGACUUUUAUGACAAAGGCGUUGCACCUCGCAAGAAUGUUGAUGUGAUGAAAGCUGCCAUUGAGAGUACAUUGAACAAUACCUCUCAGGAGGAUGCUGAUGGACUACAGAAAGAUGAAGCUUCCACGAAGAAAAGUAAGAAGAAGAAAUCUAAACGUGAAAAUGUAGAUGGUGAAUCCAUGGCCGAGGAUAAAUCUCUUGAGGUUGCUGCUGAUGGAGAUGCUCCUAUUGAGCCUGAAACUGAAAAAAGGAAGAAAAAGAAGCAUAAGUUAGAGGAGCAACAACAGGAAGAGGUGCCACCUAAGGCGAAUGGUCAUGAUACAGAACAAAAUGGAACUCCCAAAAAAAAUAAAAAGAAGAAGAGUCAUGAAGACUUGGAUAAUGAUGGUGAUGUCCAAAUGAGGAGUGAAGGAACCAAGAAAAAGAAAAAGAAAGUGAAAGCCCAAGGUGACUAGUUGCUGUUAGAAGAAGCUGGUAAAAUCUGUGUUUUAUUUUCUGAUCUAAUAAGCCCUCAUUUUUCUUAAGAACACUUUAUUCUUGUUCAUUUGGCUUCUUCAAGUGUGUCCACUCUCUUUGCACCAUGAUGAGCUGUUGAACCUGGUGGGCUUAUGCAUCAAAACAAUCUGAGAUUCAUGUAGUUUUCAGUUUCUAUACAUCUAGCUGCGCUAAUGGGUGUGGCUUGGUGCAAUCAAGUUGUUACUGCUAUUGGAAUCACAUUGGUUUUGCUUCAGCCA